CGCCGGGGUUGGCGUGUUUUGGAGGGCCGGGGGAAGUGGGAAGGCGAUACUGUUGCUUAUCUAUUUGAUCCAAUUGCCUUGAUCUUGUUUUGUUCUUCGGAUCGAUAUUUGUGCCUGGCAUACAAACCAAGCAAGAAGCAGCCGCAAUCAUGUAUGAAGAGGAAGAUAUGUACGAGGAUGAGGAGCAGGAGGAGAUCUCCUCGGAGCUCUGGCAGGAGGCCUGCUGGAUCGUCAUCAACUCCUACUUCGACGAGAAGGGCCUGGUCCGGCAGCAGCUGGACUCGUUCGACGAGUUCAUCCAGAUGUCGGUGCAGCGGAUCGUGGAGGACUCGCCGGCCAUCGACCUGCAGGCGGAGGCGCAGCACACCUCGGGCGAGAUCGAGACGCCGCCGCGCUACCUGCUGAAGUUCGAGCAGAUCUACCUCUCGAAGCCGACCCACUGGGAGACGGAUGGCGCGCCGAGCGCCAUGUUCCCGAACGAGGCGCGCCUGCGCAACCUGGUCUACUCGGCCCCGCUCUACGUGGACAUCACGAAGACGGUCAUCAAGGACGGCGAGCAGCCUGUUGUCACACAGGAGCAGAAGACCUUCAUCGGCAAGAUCCCCAUCAUGCUGCGCUCCACACACUGCCUGCUGUCGGGCCUGACGGACCGCGAUUUGACGCAGCUCAACGAGUGCCCGCUCGACCCGGGCGGCUACUUCAUCAUCAACGGCUCGGAGAAGGUUCUCAUCGCCCAAGAGAAAAUGGCGACCAACACGGUGUACGUGUUCAGCAUGAAGGACGGCAAGUACGCGUUCAAGGCGGAGAUUCGCUCGGCGGUGGAGUACUCGUCUCGGCCCACCUCUACGCUGUGGGUCAAUAUGCUGGCCAGGAGCGGACAGAACGUGAAGAAGUCUGCGAUCGGUCAGCGGAUCAUCGCCAUCUUGCCGUACAUCAAGCAGGAGAUCCCGAUCAUGAUCGUUUUCCGAGCGCUGGGCUUCGUCGCCGACCGGGACAUCCUCGAGCACAUCAUCUACGACUUCGACGACCCCGAGAUGAUGGAGAUGGUGAAGCCCUCGCUGGACGAGGCGUUCGUCAUCCAGGAGCAGAACGUGGCGCUCAAUUUCAUCGGCGCUCGCGGAGCCAAGCCAGGCGUGACGAAGGAGAAGCGUAUCAAGUACGCGCGCGAGAUUCUGCAGAAGGAGAUGCUGCCCCACGUCGGCGUGUCCGACUUCUGCGAGACCAAGAAGGCUUACUUCCUCGGGUACAUGGUGCACCGUCUGCUGAUGGCCUCGCUGAGCCGGCGCGAGCUGGACGACCGUGAUCACUACGGCAACAAGCGGCUGGACCUGGCCGGACCGCUGCUGGCCUUCCUCUUCAGGGGGCUGUUCAAGAACCUGCUGAAGGAGGUCCGCAUGUACGCCCAGAAAUUCAUCGACAACGGCAAAGACUUUGGCCUGCACCUGGCCGUCAAGACCUCCACCAUCACGGAUGGCCUCAAGUACUCACUGGCCACCGGCAACUGGGGUGACCAGAAGAAGGCGCACCAGGCGCGCGCCGGCGUCUCCCAGGUGCUGAACCGGCUGACGUUCGCCUCGACGCUGUCCCACCUACGACGGGUGAACUCGCCGAUCGGCCGCGACGGCAAGCUGGCUAAGCCGCGCCAGCUGCACAACACGCUCUGGGGCAUGAUCUGCCCGGCCGAGACGCCCGAGGGCGCCGCCGUCGGUCUGGUGAAGAACCUGGCGCUGAUGGCCUACAUCUCGGUCGGCUCGCAGCCGUCUCCCAUCCUCGAGUUCCUGGAGGAGUGGAGCAUGGAGAACCUGGAGGAGAUCGCGCCCAGCGCCAUCAUCGACGCCACCAAGAUCUUCGUGAACGGUUGCUGGGUGGGGAUCCACCGGGACCCGGAACAGCUGAUGACCACCCUGCGCAAGCUGCGCCGCCAGAUGGACAUCAUCGUGUCGGAGGUGUGCAUGGUGCGGGACAUCCGGGACAGGGAGAUCCGCAUCUACACGGACGCCGGCCGCAUCUGCCGGCCGUUGCUCAUCGUGGAGAAGGGCCAGCUGCUGCUGAAGAAGCGGCACAUCGACAUGCUGAAGGAGCGGGAGUAUAACAACUACAGCUGGCACGACCUGGUGGCCUCCGGCGUGGUGGAGUACAUCGACUGCCUGGAGGAGGAGACCACCAUGAUCGCCAUGACGCCGGACGACCUGAGCGGCGAGAAGGACAACGUCUACUGCACCACCUACACCCACUGCGAGAUCCACCCCGCCAUGAUCCUGGGCGUCUGCGCCUCCAUCAUCCCCUUCCCCGAUCACAACCAGAGCCCGAGGAACACGUACCAGAGCGCCAUGGGUAAGCAGGCCAUGGGCGUGUACAUCACCAACUACCACGUGCGCAUGGACACGCUGGCGCACGUGCUGUUCUACCCGCAAAAGCCGCUGGUGACCACGCGCAGCAUGGAGUACCUGCGCUUCCGCGAGCUGCCAGCCGGCAUCAACUCGAUCGUGGCGAUCGCCUGCUACACCGGCUACAACCAGGAGGACUCGGUGGUCAUGAACGCCUCGGCCGUGGAGCGCGGCUUCUUCCGCUCCUGCUUCUACCGCAGCUACAAGGACGCCGAGACGAAGAAGAUCGGAGACCAGGAGGAGACGUUCGAGCGGCCGUCGCGCGACACGUGCCAGGGCAUGCGCAACGCCAUCUACGAGAAGCUAGACGACGACGGCAUCGUGGCGCCGGGCGUGCGCGUCUCCGGCGAUGACGUCAUCAUCGGCAAGACGAUCGUGCUGCCCGAGAAUGACGACGAGAAGCGGUCGCCGCGUCUGAGCGUCUGGAACUGGUGCGCCAUCAGACAGCCGAGCGUGGGGCCGACCAGGGCGCCGUCUGGUGGCGUCUCCAGCAGGCCGCCCACGUACAGGUCGAUGUCGUCUACGCGCCUGCCGGAAUAG